AUGAGCGAGCUUAGCCAGGUUAAGUCGAUAGGGCAGUUAGCGGUUUUAACGCAGGUUAGGCAACAGGUAGUGCGACUGAUGCAGGAUGCAGGAUUGUUAAGGACAGAACAGGAAUGUGAGAAGUGCCACCACUCGAUGGUUUUGCGAGGUACGCAAAGAAGGAAUGCGUACAAAUGGAUUUGUGCAAACGACGAUUGUGAAGGUUCGGAAUGCUCUAUCCGGAAGGGUAGUGUGUUCCAAAACUCAAGAUUGUCGCUUGCACAACUUCUCCGCAUUACCUUAGAGUGGUCGCAAAACUCACACGUGAAGCGUACUAGGGCCGAGUCAGGUGUUAGCCGCAAAACGGUUAAUGAAUGGUUUAAGCUUCUUAGGGAAAAAUGUAGUGCGUAUGUUGAGGAGAAUAGGCGGCUGAUAGGAGGUCCAGGACUAACGGUGGAGAUCGACGAGUCCCUCAUCGUAAAACAACUCCGACCCCAACCUCCACGUGGUGCUGGCUGGACUACAACUGUUGCACAAAAUGUGCAUGAUGUAUGCGGCGUGCGGAGUGAGUGUCAAACGAUACUUCAUCUAAGCUGCUCAACGUUUUCUUCCUCUGCUGCGGUAUCGGAAUCGUAACAUCGUAAAUAUGGCCCCAGCGACCUAUUUCUAUUGUUGCGACAAAUGUCAGCACGCGUCGAGUCCACAAUACAACAACGAUAUCAACAAUCCGAACUGAAUGUAAUGUGUAGCUUAAUAGAUAAUAACUUUGUAAAAAAAAAGAUUAAAUAAUAGACCAUAAAACGUUUUACUUUUUAUUGGCGAACUAUACACGAACUACACAUCGUACUGUUCUCUCGCUCUCAGGCAGUUCGAG